AUGGAAUCCCCCGACGACAAUCCAGGAGAAGUCAUGGGCGAAGAUACAGCCGUCAUUGAAACUGUUACCUUUUAUGUUGCAGACGCAAGACACGUCCUCAGUCACAUCAAACCAGAAAAGUCUCCUGUACCGGAUGGGAUCCCUGGACUGAUACACAAAGAAGUCGCGAUCGAGUUAUCGGUGCCUCUUUCAUUUUCUGUUCGAGAUUUCCAUGAGAACAGGGGACUUGCCUUUGCAGUGGAAGACGGCCAACAUCGUACCGUUAUAUAA